GCUGCCUGAUGCAUAUGGAUAGUGUGAGCAGAGCUAUUAGGCAAUGAGGGAAUCCUGGAGGAUAUUCAGGUAUUGCUGAGCCCCCUUUUACCUGCAGAUUAGAGUCACCUUACUAACACACUCUCCCACCCUGAGCUUGUAGCAUUAUUCCAAUAAUCACACUUGCCUUGGAGAGAGUGGAAGGGCUGGGAGCUCUGUGUUAGCAAUGAGUGGGCAUUUCAGCACAGACGUAUCACUAACGCAACCAGCUGCCAUUUUCACUCUGCAGCACAGCCCUCCAUUUUCUUCUUAAAUCUUCUUUUUGCUCUCCCUCUCCCUCUGUUUCUAUGUGGAUUAUCGUUGAUUCCAGCUUGCUCUCUUCCUCUCUCUGUGUCUCCCUGACAGCCUGCUGUGACCUAAUUCCUAUGUUGCAUUGAACUGAUUCUCCCCAGGGAUGAGAAUCUGCAAGAUGGUCCGGGUGGCUAGUGUUCUGGGUCUGGUGAUGCUCAGUGUGGCUCUCUUAAUUUUGUCCCUCAUCAGCUAUGUGUCUUUGAAGAAAGAGAACAUUUUCACCACCCCAAAAUAUGCCAGCGCUGGGGGCCCUAGAAUGUAUAUGUUCCAUGCAGGUUUUAGGUGAGUAAGAACAAUGUAUCAAUGUUUCAAUGUAUCAGAGUAGGAAUGUCUGAACAGAUCAAGGUAUCAGUUUAUGAAUGUAUAAAUGGAUCACGGUAUCAGCGUAUGAAUGUAUAAAUGGAUCAAGGUAUCAGUGUAUGAAUGUCUGAAUAGAUUAAUGUAUCAGUGGAUGAACUGAUCAAUGUAUCAGUAUAUGUGUGUGACUAGAUCACUGUAUCAGGUAUCAAUAAAUUAAUAUAUCAGUAUUUCAAAUAAUGAGUUAAUGAAGGUAUCAGAGAGUUAAUGUAUCAGUGUGUGAUUGUAUCAAUGUAUUAGAGUAUUAAUGUACCGGUGUAUGAAUGUAUCAGAGUAUUAAUUUAGCAGUGUAUUGAUGUGUUUAUCCCACUGCUGCUGUGUUCUGCAGUUGAUUCUUGCUUGCCUUUCUUACAGAUCAUGCUUUGUCAUUUUCACUGGGGGAGGUGUGUGUAAUUAAUUAUGCCUGUGCUUAUACACUAAAAGUGGUUUUAUUAUGUGUAUGGGGUGGGAUCAAUUCCAGUGAUAGGAAGUCUCAGCAGGGCUGAGAUUGUACAUCAUGGUGGCUAUCAAUUAAAUAUUCUAUAGCCAUACAGCUUGCGCAGGCGCACUGCAUGCCCAGGGAUUACAUCUUCAUCAGAGAGAGAGGGGUCAUGCUUUUUCAUCUUAUAGUAAAUUUAUAAUAAAUAUAUACCCAUGCAAGUUGUCACUUAGUCCUGUAGGAUUAGAUGAUGCUGACAGGAGAUGGGCAAAUACACACACAUCUAAUGUUUGUUAAUUUCAAUCAUCAGAAGUUGGGUUUAACCCUUUCCUCGUCAAAAGUGUAAGCUUUUUUCUGUUUGUUUUUUUUUAAAUGUUUCUUUUAAUGCCUAAAACAAACACACAAACACACAAACACACACACACACAUCCUAAACAUAUUACAGUGGUGUAAUACACAGCUCUUUAACACUGCUUCAUGUAAAAGUAAAUAUUAAUAUAAAACAAAUAAAAAAUGUAAUAGUGUGCAGUCAAAUAAAUAUAAGCUGCUUUUUUUUCUAAAUUCACUUCCAAUGGUACCAUGUUAAAGGCACAUCAUCAAAUCCUCUUUGUUUUUUGUUUUUUUGUUUUUGUUAUUUAAUUUAAUGCAUUGGACUUAAGGCAAAGGAAAGAAUAAAACAAUUGUGGGUAGGACUUCCUGUCAGUGGAAUUGAUCCCACCACCAGCAAAGUUCAGUAGGAUACAAAAUACAUAGCUAAUAACACACAUGUUAUCUUUGAAACAAGGUGAUAAUGAAAAAAAAUAAAUAUUGUGUUAAAAGGAAUAAACAUAGAGACUGGAGUUGUCCAUGGUGCUGAAUUGUUUUAGAACAUAGAAAUAAGGAAACAAGUCUGACAGAUGUAGAAAAAACAUUUCAAUUUUUAUUUGAAAAUCAGUGAACUGAAAAAGUGUUGUUUUUUUCCAAAUUCUGCUAUUUUCUUCGUGAAUUCAUAGGUAAAUUUUCAAAAGUGAAUAGACAUGUUCACACAAGUAAGGGUCACAAUAAGUUAUGGUAAGUUUAUAACAAAGUUACUAUUGUUAGUCCGAAAUAGCCUAUUUGGUAAUUUUAGCCUGCCUUUUAGAAAACUGAGAGCUAAUUGGUCAGAUAAAGUCAAACCCAAUAUGACUGUUCAACCAGAUUUUUUUUUUUUUUUUUAAGUGGAAUUUUCUCAUAAAUUACAAUAUACAUCAUUUAAUUUUAAUUUGUGUAUUAAUAAAUGUUUCAUAAAAAAAACAAGGAGUAAAAAAAAUUGAUGACAGUUGUCCUUUAAUGUUUUUCUUAAUGUUUAAGGUAAAAAAGCUAAGGUUUCUUUGUUUAUGUUUGUUAUUUUUUUUUUUUGUGCUAAAUAAUGUGUUGACUUCUGCAAUUACAGCACAGCAUCUCAUCACAGCCAUUUAACAAUACAUGCCCUUUAAUUAAAACAGAAUUUACAGUGUUUUAGUCAAGUAUCUGGCAGACUUUACACAUUGAGAUUUAUUUACUAAACAUAGGGGUUUAAGCACCAAACUGGGAAAAGUAGAGUAACUGUGAAGUGGAGUAGAAAAUGUAGGCCAGCUCUAGCUGGGCCUAGAAAUAAUAGCUAUAUAAUAGCUUGGUUGUGUUGGCCUACAAUUUGCAAGUUCCUUGUUACAAUACAUUUAAGGGGACACUAUAGUCUCCAGCUUAAUGUAGUUAUUCUGGUGUCUAUAGCAUGUCCCUGCAGGCAUUUAAAUGUAAACCCUGCCUUUUCAGGGAAAAGGGUUUACAUUACUGCCUAGUAACACCUCUAGUGGCAGUCACUCAGAUGACCAUUAGAGGUGCUUCCUGGGUCCAUGCUGCACAAUUUUCACCACUGGCGUUCAGUAUCUUUAUGCUCAGCAUGGAGGUGUUGAAGAUUUCUCAUAGAAAUGCAUUGACUCAAUGCACCUCUACGAGGAGAUGCUGAUUUGCAAAGCACAGCGUUUUGCCCCACAUACACAAUGGCCUCCCAAUACUUUCCUAUGGGAAAGCAUUGUAUUGGCUGAGACCAUCAAAUUUGAUUAUCUCAGCCAGGGAGGCAAAACGUGAGCGGGGCCAGCCAUGAGGCGGCCUGCGCAUCUCUGAAAAAAAGGUAAAUAAAAUAUCUUUUUAACUGGGGCAAGUGGGGGGCGGCCACAUAAAUGGCACUAUUAGACCUAUAGUGUCAGGAAUACAUAUUUGUUAAAGUUUAGCCCAAGCUGUAAAAAAAAAUAAAAAAUAUUCCCAUCAGGAUUGUCUCACUGUGGUCUUUGGGGAUUAUUCAUAUUGCAUAACCCCUGUCCAGCAGAACAUUAUGAAAUACAUAGUUUAUCCUUAAAAAACAGUUCCAAUCAUUACAUAGGAUGAUUAGGAAUGUUCAAUAAACUGUAUGGAUGCUACCAGAUAAUGCACAGCCUGGCUAACUGUUCCAUGAACCAAAAAGUGUUCUACUAUCUAGAAAUUCAUGGCUGAUAGUGGAUUAUUUAGCAACAACCUGUAGGAUGAUCUGCUACCAUGUGUUAGCCCACCAGGAUUCUCAAUCAGGCAGCUUCUUACUUCUGGGUUUACACUUUUAAUUGUGUCCCUAUUACAGUUAUAGUCAAAAUUAUUCAACCUCCUUUGAUCCAUCAGCUAAUCCUAGGAGAAAACAUCAUGCCAUCUGUGAGGUAGCUGAAGCUUGGGCAUCAUUGGACCUUCCAACAAGACAAUGAUCCCAAGCAUUACUUAAAUUCCACCAAGAUUUGGUUACCGAAGAAGUCCUGGAACAUUCUACAGUGGCCAUCACAGUAACCAGACUUGAACCCCAUAGAGAAGCUCUGGUGGGAUUUGCAGAAGGCGGUUGCAGCACGCAAACCCAAGAAUAUUACUGAACUGGAGGCCAUUUCUCAUGAUCAAUGGGCUAAGAUUCCUCAGGAACGCUGCCAGAAGCCGGUGUUUGGCUAUGUAUCUCGAUUGCAGCAGGUCAUAACAGCAAAAGGAUGCUCUUCUAAGUACUAAAGAGGCUUGUAAUGAAGGGGUUGGAUCAUUUUAAAACUUGAGAAGUCAUUAAAAAGUUGCAUUUUCAGUUGAAUUUUGGGGAAACCACUUGAAGCAUUCAUUGUGUUGAACUAUUUCAAUUGCUUUUGUUUGCCUUGAUCAUUGCAGACAGCUGAAAGUCUGUACAUUUUGACAAUAUGACAAAUGGGGGUAGAAUAAUUGUGAUUAUAACUGUAUGUGUGCAUUCUGUACACAUAAUAGGGAAGUCUCUGUCUCUCCUCCAGCAUGAGUUCUAAGCUACCUGAUAGAGAGUCUUGGUUGUACACCAUAUAGUAGCAGAUCAUUUUACAAAUCACUGCUGAUUAAUACACUUCAGCCAUGAGAAUGUGCUCAGGAUGCUAUACACCCAAUGCACAUUGAAGUAAUGUAAAGUUCAUAUAAUGCUUAGACCCUAUUAAACAGGGACAUCCAAAGGCAGAUGCCCAGAUGUUAUAGAUUACAGCAUUGUGUUGGUUUGGCAGCAACGCCAGCAAAACAUGAAGAUGUAGUACACAAAAUCUAGGAAGCUGUCUGUGCCAUGCAUUGUAAAUUGUAAUUAUAUGGGUCAUUCAGGUUAAUGGAUAGUAGCAGGUUUAUAUAUAUUAUAUUUUUUUUUUUUUACUUUGAAUCUGUAAUACCAUAAUUCUUCAAGAACCCCAAUGAAUAUAAUGUUGUAUAGUAAGAUUUGUUGUCAUAGAUAUGCAAUGUUUGGAAUAUCCAUUUUUGAGGAUAACACAACUCAACUAGUUCAUAAGUCAAUCGUAUGGAUAGGGGUCAUGCGAAUUCUAGUUGGCAGAAGUCAAUAAUAAAAUUGUUUCUCAUGUGAAGCUAAAAGUCACACCGACAUACAUAGCACUACCGCACUCAGAAAUUACGUUUGAGGUGCUUUGAUCUCAAAUUAUGCAGUAGACCUUAAAGAUAUCAAAAAUGUAGUAACCAAUUAUUCAUAAUAUUGCAUGAUUAAAUAUUUUAUGCUUUAGUCUACUGAUUAAAAUAAUUCAUACUUUGUAAUGUUUCCUUUAAAAUGCUCAUAAAAGGUAACUAUGUGCAUAAAUAAGUGUGAUUUUAAUCUGACAGAUCAACUGGCUUUCCAAUCUGAUAAAUAUAGUUCAUUUUAGGGAAGUCAUGUUUGUUGCAAUAUUGCUGCAUGUAGGUGUGUGCUGCGUAAUCAUGGCAAUACAUUACCAUUGUGCAAGAAAUAAAUGCAAUAAACAUGUUGCCCCAGUAACAUGCUCAGCUCAUUAAUAAGGCAAGAACGUAUCAACUUGAACUGAUUGAAAGGACAUUAGACAUUUCUACAAAUGACUGAUGGUACUGACAGCUGGUAUCAACGUUUUAAUUAGAAAGGAUUAGGCUUUAAUUUAUCUUAAUGCUAAAUAAAAGCUGCUGUAAAGUAUAUCUCAAUUUGGGAAUGUAGUACACAUCCGAAAUAAAAACACAUAUAGUGCUAGUGCUGCUAAUUGAAAUGAGUUGUGUGGUUAUUGACUGUAUGUACCUUUUCAAGCUACUUCAUACAUUAAUGAUAGGUCCAGAUGGGCCUGCAUCCACAACAAACUGGGAAUUUGGUCAUACACACAUUAGGAGUAUCCCAUCAGCCCUAUUGAAGGUUUGCACUCACUCACAUUAGGUCCAUUUCUUGCAAUCCUUCCUCCUUCAAAAUCUGCUAACUUUCUCCCAAACAACUGUCCAUUAUUAAAUUUGUUUCAGCUUGCUUCCUUGCCCACUGUGGCCAGUGGUGUAAUUUCUGCUUUAUGGAAACUAGAAUUAUGGUAAAUUGUGAUUAACCCCUUAAGGACCAAACUUCUGGAAUAAAAGAGAAUCAUGACAUGUCACACAUGUCAUGUGUCCUUAAGGGGUUAAGAGGUUAAAGGGACUCUAGUCACCAAAACAACUUUAGCUUCAUGAAGGAGUUUUGGUGUAUAGACCAUGCCCCUGCAGUCUUACUGCUCAGUUCUCUGCCAUUUAGGAGUUAAAUCACUUUGUUUAUAAAGCGCUGGCACACCUCCCUGCAUGUAACUUACACAGCCUUCCUAAACACUUCCUGUAAAGAGUCAUCUAAUGUUAACACUCCCUUUAUUGCAAAUUCUGUUUAAUUUAAAAUUUCUUAUCUCCUGGUCUGUUCAUAGCUCGUUAGACCCUGCAGCAGCCUCCUGUUACAUAGGCUUAAAUUAGAAUGCGUCCAUCAAGUUCAGACUCUCACAUUUGUUUUUUGCUGUUGAUCCAAAAGAAGGCAAAACAAAACAAUUUGAAGUACUUCCAAUUUUGCAACAAAAAAAAAUCCUCUUGACCAUAGAAUGGCAGUCAGCUUUAUCCGUGGAUCAAGAAGCAAUUACCCUACAGUUAAAAAAUUAUAUCAUUGAAUAUUCUGUUUUUGCAAGUAUGCAUCUAGUUGCUGUUAAAACACCUGCAUAGACUGAUAAAACCACUUCAGGUAGAGAAUUCCACAUCCUUAUUGUUCUUACGGUAAAAAAAACCCCCAAAAAAAAAAACUUUCCUUUGCCUUAGACUAAAUCUUCUUUCUUCCAUUCUAAACGCAUUUCCUCGUGUCUUAUGUAAAGUCCUGUUUGUGAAUAGAUUUCCACACAAUGGUUUGUAUUGGCAACGGAUAUAUUUGUAUAAUGUCAUCAUAUCCUCUCUGAGGUGAAGUUUUUCUAAACUAAAGAGAUUUAACUUUGUUAACCUUUCUUCACAGCUAAAAUGUUCCAUUCCUUUUAUUAAUUUUGUAGCCCGCCUCUGCACUUUUUCUAGUGUCAUAAUAUCCUUCUUUAGAACAGGUGCCCAAUAUUGCACAACAUAUUUAAGAUGUGGUUUUACCAGCUAUUUAUGAAGAGGCAAAAUUAUAUUCUUGUCCCGAGAAUGAAUGCCCUUUUUCAUGCAUGACAAAACCUUACUGGCCUUAGCCACUGCUGAUUGACAUUGCACAUUGUUGCAUAGUUUGUUGUCUACAACAAUUCCCAAGUCCUGUAUGUUAAUAAAGUUCAAUUUACAAAGCCAGAGAAAAAUAUUUUUUUGAAGUAAGUUACAUAUGAUUGAAUAUUAAACCAUUUAGUUUUCAUGCAAGCUGUGUACGUCACAGCCAGUAAAGGGGUGGCUAAGGCUGCAUAAGCAGAAACAAAAAAUAUUUAACUCCUAAAUUUUUCAUUUUAGAAUAAAGCUUUAAGUGGAUCAGAUUUAAAGUUAUUGGAUGAAGGACUUAGGUUUUCCCCAAAUUCAGGACCUUCUACAUUUGAGCUUUUUAUUGAUGCUCAUAAAUUAUAAAAGUUAACGACCAAAAGCCUUUUUUUUGUUGUUGAAGAAACACGUUGCCAAUUUUUCAUCUAUGAGGGGAAGAAAAAAGGGCCCUAUUUUAUCACUUUCAGUGGAUAGGCAGCGUCUUUUAGUCAGGUGAUCACAAUAGAUGAAUGGUGUGGUGAUUUUGGAGAUCUAGGGGGACUUAAGGGGAGACGCCCCUGAACCUUUUGAAAACAGUGAUCUUGAUGGAUAUGUCUCAAUUUCCACCCCCAUAAAAAAAAAAAAAAUUAAUAAUGCAAAAUGUAUCAUCUUUUUUUUUUUUAUUCUUUAUUUAAUAUUGACAUAUGUAAAAUACAUGGUUUUGACAGUGAGACAGAUUGAUAAAAUCACAUUGUGUGUGACAUAUUUGGCAUUAGUUUAUGACUGGUAUAAAACAUUACCUUGACAUGUUUGACAUAAAAUAUACUGUGUAGCCAUACUUUUUGCCUCGGGAUCUUUGUUCAAAUCUGCAUAGUCAAUAGAAUUUUAUAUUUAACAUGAAGAAUACGAAAAGAAGAAACCAAACGACUAGAAAUUGUGACAUUGACAUCUGUUGUUAGUAUACACCUCUCAGACUUGAACAAGUUUUGCUGUAGUAGCUGUAUUUACCCGGGAGGGAGACAGGGAACGAGAGAGCUUCAUGGGAUGAGCUAGAUAUUGAAUUGUACUCAUUACCUGAUAUUGAGAACAGAUAACAGUGCUUUUGUGCCAUGCCUCUCACUUUGAGGGUGCCCACCCCCCCCCAAGUGAUCUCCAGCCAAGGCUCCUUAAUGGGCUUUGAGCCGUGACACUGACUGAGUCUCCCCAGAGAAAACAUGGGCGGCGGAGCAGUGGCCAGUCCCCAACAGCUCCCAAACCGCCCCUCCAUCAACUCCCCCAGCUUUUGAGUAUGGGCAGCAAGGGUUAAGUACAAAAGAGUGUAGAAGAAAGAGAAAGUUAAAGAGAGAAAGAAUGCUUGUCACCACCACCCGCGGCCCUCCCAUUCAAGUGGUCUCACAUUCUAUCCAGAGUUCCCAAACUUUAUGAAACUUUAUGAAAUGUAGCUUCUGAAAGUCUUAGUUUAGUGGUUAGUUCAUCCAUGGUGUAAUUAUCCCCGAUUUUCCCAAUCACUUUCAAUAUGGUGGGAAACCACCAUUCAUAGUCAAGCAGCCACAAGGACUCUGUGCUGCCAAGGCUAUCAGGGCAAAAAUUAUAAUCUUAAUGGUAGAUGGACUGAGAAACUUACAAGACUCAUUGCAGAAUAUUAAUUUUAAAUACAUGAAACUUUCAUAGCCUGGGUAUAUGGGGGAUGCCAACUCCCUAAAAUCUAAACAGACGCACGCACUGACUGACCAACACAUACACACUGACACACAUUUACUGAAACACACACUCACAGACACACACACAAUUAUUAUAAUUUUUUUAAAUUUAAAUCAACCCAGCAUCCCUACUUUUGGGAUAGCUGGGUGGAUUUCUCACCUGGGAUCCAAUGGGGCAGCUGGUCAGUGAGGCGGACGUACAGGCAGGCAGGUGGGCGGGCGGCCAGUGAGGGAGUACUUUCCCCUGAGCUCUCUGCUCAGCUCCCUCGUUGGCCGCCCGCCCACCCUCCUCCCUGCCUGCCUGCCCCGGGGGAGCCCAAAGGUAGCCAGAUCCCAUAAAAUGAGGCAAGCAAGGUAUUUGCCUAGGCAUUUGGGAGUGGCGUUUUUUGCUGCCCCCUGGAAAUUGCCGCCCAAGGCAAAUGCCUUGUUCGUCUCGUGGUACACACACCCCUGUAUAUUAUAUUGAUGUAACAAGAGGAUGAAUAAGCACGAUAUACGUAUUGACAGAGAAACAUGUACAGUGUUAUAAUGCUGUAUAACAAUUAGACUAGUCUAGGAAUCAAAUAAGUACAAACACAUACAUCCAUUCGGAGGCGUACACCAACUCCCUACUGCAUAUAAAUCUUGUCUGUAGUAGGUUAAACAGAGCAUAAUAAAUGCCCCGCUAGGGUUUAACACUGAUGGGUGGACUGCCAGGACAUUACAAUUAGGGCACAUGGGAUGGAGCAUAAUGGGGACAAAGUAGCUUUGUGUACCACAGGCAUCCAGGCUUUAUUUCUGGGUUUACCCUACCCCAACGCUUGCCACGAGUGUCCCAUAUCUGGACUGAGUCCCAGAGGUCCGUGCCCGGCCCCUCUGUUGGCCACAGACCACUUGAAGAGCCCGUGUGCAGUUCCCACUGCCCCGAUCACUCUUGGUACCGGGAGCAGGAUCUCGGAAGGCCGUGGUCACAGGAUAGCAGCGUUGAAUCACCCUCCGAGGGUGUGAGAUAGGCACUGGGAUUAUCUUCCUCGAGGCCCUCAGCCUGGGAAUGCAGGAGCUGAUCUUGGACCGUGCAGGACUCAGAAGCGUGGAAGAAGAUAGGAAUGUUUUUGCACGUUUCUUUCGAUACGUAGUGACAAACACAUUGCGCUUGGCUUUGGGAAGUAAGUUGUGGCAGGCUUGCUUCUCUUUGCCUCUCCUCAAGCUUGCACCAAAAAGUCAUGAAGAUGGCAUCUAGUCGCGCCAAAGUAGUCUCCAUCAGGACUUGUGGUGUGAUAGGCAUUGAGGCAUCCACCAUUUUGGCUCCAGUGGGGGGACAAUAUUUACACCGCAGGAUCGUGAGCUGGGUCGCAGGACAACCAGUGACAAGUGAGUAGAGCCUGGGUGCUAGGGAUGGGAUAACCCACACCGGCGGGGUUGGGGCAUCGGGAACGGGGGCCCUGCUGACAUGCACAUGUUUCAGCAGAUAAGCCAGCAGGGAGAUCGACCCUGUCUCCCACACUCGCUCCCACAGGUAGGCCGCAAUAGUGGUUUAGGCUCAGGUCGCUGGUCAGAAAGCCAAGAAGUGUCAGGGUGUAACAGGAUUGUAUGCUGAUUGUCUCCCACUUAGAUAUUGUGGAGGUUGUUGAGGUAAAUUUAAGAUUAAAGCCCUAUAUUGGGUAUCGCUCACGGAGCACACUGUGUAUGCGACCAGUAAGUUCGGUAGCCAGGCCCGCCCACUGUUUUUCUUUGUUCUAAUGUUGUUGUUGUUCAGUGAAAUUUUAUGAAUACUACAAAAGUAUAGUUUGUUUUUUUUAAAUCUUUUUUUAUUAAAAGAUUUAACAGUAUCGGUAUACAGAAGAAUACAUAUAUUUUUUAUUAUUUCCUUUUUUACUGGUUGUCUUUUUAUUGACUUUGCUAAUUUAGAACACUUAGUCAUUUAAUAUUUACUAUAAUUUAUUGUAUUUAAUUUGUUGUUAUUAAUAUUAUUAUUGCCAUUUAUAUAGCGCCAACAGAUUCCGUAGCGCUUUACAAUAUUAUGAGAGGGGGUAUUUAACUAUAAAUAGGACAAUUACAAGAAAACAGGAACGAUAGGUUGAAGAUGACCCUGCUCAAACGAGCUUACAGUCUAUAGGAGGUGGGGUAUAAAACACAUUAUGAGAGGAAAUAGCAAUCAAAUAAGGUGGGAGUGAAGCAGAGCUGGAGGAAAGAGUAUAGUGCUGCCCUUUAGGAGAGUGCAAGAGACAGGUAUGUGAGGUAGAGGUUACUCUGGGAGACCAUAAGCUUUGCUAAAGAGAUGGGUUUUAAGGCACUUCUUAAACAACUGAAGACUAGGGGAGAGUCUGAUGGCGGUAGGCAGGCUAUUGCAUAGGAAAGUCCUGCAAGUGUGAGUUGUCCGUACGAGUGCGAGCAACGGACAGCAGAAGGUCGUGUGCAGAGCGGAGAGACCGAGAAGAGAUAUUAGAGGGGCUAGAAUUGUUCAGUGCUUUUUAGGUAUGGGUUAGCACUUUGAAUUGACUCCUAUAGGAUACAGGAAGCCAAUGUAAGCACUGACAGAGGGGUGAGGUGUGAGAGAACCGACUAGAGAGCAAAAUCAGUCCGGCGGUAGCAUUCAUUACAGACUGUAGCGGGGCAAUAUGGCUUUUCAAAAGACCAAUUAGGAAAGGGUUACAAAAGUCCAUGCGUGAAAUUACUAGAGCAUGGACAAGUUCCUUGGUAGCAUCUUGCGUAACAAAGGGUUGAUGCCGGCUAUGUUUUUAAGAUAGAAUCUACAGGAUUUGGCAACAUACUGGAUGUGAGGCUCAAAUGUGAGGCCAGAUUCAAGUAUGACGCCAAGACAGCGCGCUUGCAAGGAUGGACUUAUGUGGAUACCACUAACUUGAAGGGAGAGCGAAAGAAGAGCUACAAAGUAGCGCUCCAAACUCCCGAACUGCAUACAAAGUAGCACUCCAAACUCCCGAACUGGAACCUCACGAAUAGCUGCUAGCAGACAAACAGGAAAAGCACCCAAGCUGCUUACACUCCUGGCAAUCAGUCUCUAACAGCAUAAAGUAAAUCCCCCCAAAGACGAGACAGAGCUCCGUGUUGAGGGUCAAGCAGUGGUCUGGUUUAUUCAGGGCUACCUGCCCAGUAUUUAUGCAGGUCUCCCCCCUGGUGGACACUCCCCUAGGGGACCAGAUGGGAUACUAACAAGGGACAGACAUGCACCAAUGACAGACACAGAAGUAAAACAUCCCCACAAUGCAUCCUAUUUCCCUCCCCUCUAUCCUGGAGAUAAUUGGGAAGUAAUCCAAUUAUCUCCCAGGACAGAGGCAAAACUCCAUUACACACAUGGUUAUAAUAAAACACUAAAAUACAAUAAAAAUGUGUGUGGGUGCUGUGUGUGUAAGGGUGAUGUAUGUGUGUGUGUGCUGUUUGUGUGUAAUGUGUGGGGUGUGGGGGCCGUUUAGUUAAUAUCCCCCCUCCCUUCUUACCCUAUGUAGGGAGGGGGGACCGUGCUGCUGCCAUCCCUGGUGGCCCAGUGGAGAGUGAACUCUCGCGAGAUCUGAGCAUUUCUGCGGUAACCACUGCAACGCUCUGACCUUGCGAGAGGAACCCGGCGGAGCUGCUGGCAAGAGCUCCCUGGGUCCUCUCCUGCCUCCCUCCAUGCCUGUGGUUAGGUGAGGGAGAUCUUUGAUCUCCCUCACCUGCCCACGGAGGGAGGCACAUAGCGCGUGCCGCGGGAUUAGGGUGUUCCCAGGCACACCCGGCACACCCCGUGCGCAUGCCUAUGACCAUGGUUAAGGAUGUAGUUUGAUAACAGAAUGAUUUCAGGUGAGGAGAGGUUUAGUGACUUGCUUGGUGUGUUUUGAAAACCAGCUGAUCUGCACUAUCUAUGAGUAUGGUAAUAACCAUGGGGUCGGGUGGGGUGGUGAGGGGAGGGGAGGGUGGGCAGCCUUCCAGAGAUGAUACCUCUGCUUAGGCUUUUCUGCAGUGCUUGGUUGCUAGUGAGUACUGGGUGUUGCUAAUCAAUGCCCAUUCUAGGGCCCAGUCUGAAAUAUUAGGUCUGGGGUUAGAAAAAAAAACCAUUUUGGGUAGGGAAACAUGGAGAUAUUGAGGUAAUUACAGAUGAAAAACCAGAGGAGAUAACAUUUGGGAUAAAAAGAUAUGAAGGAUCAGAUGGGUGAAAGUCAUAAACAGUGAACAUAAAUUUACAAAACUUUCAGUGAAAGAAGUAACACUAGCUAAACAAACAAUUAUCAAAAAAGUUAUAAAGAAUUAACUUAAAGGACCACUCUAGGCACCCAGACCACUUCAGCUUAAUGAAGUGGUCUGGGUGCCAGGUCCAGCUAGGGUUAACCCAUUUUAUCAUAAACAUAGCAAUUUCAGAGAAACUGCUAUGUUUAUGAAUGGGUUAAGCCUUCCCCCUAAUCCUCUGGUGGCUGUCUCAUUGACAGCCACUAGAGGCGCUUGCGUGCUUCUCACUGUGAUUUUCACAGUGAGAGCACGCCAGCGUCCAUAGGAAAGCAUUAUGAAUGCUUUCCUAUGUGACUGGCUGAAUGCGCGCGCAGCUCUUGCCGCGCGUGCGCAUUCAGCCCAGGAGGAGGAUCGGAGGAGGAGAGCUCCCCGCCCAGCGCUGGAAAAAGGUAAGUUUUAACCCCUUUCCCCCUUCCAGAGCCGGGCGGGAGGGGGACCCUGAGGGUGGGGCACCCUCAGGGCACUAUAGUGCCAGGAAAACGAGUAUGUUUUCCUGGCACUAUAGUGGUCCUUUAAAUAACAAGACUAUAAAUGCACCAACUUUAAAAAAAAAAUGAAGAUCAGGAUGAGAGAUGUAUUAGUUAUCAAUUAAGUAGUGAGAAUAUAGGGAGGGAAGUGGAAUAGAACACAAUUUUAAAUUAAGAAAUAAAGGAAAAUAAUAGGUAGUACAGGUAGUAAAAAAAAAUAUAUAUAUAGACUGUAAUUUUAAAAAAAAAUUGCACCUUCUUGCGUUUUUAUAUUUCAUAUAUUAAUGCUAUGCUCCAUUGUCCAUUUUUCUACAGAGAUAAACAUCACAAAGUAAACAGUGAAAAGUUGGUUGUUGACUUUCUCUUACGUACAAGAUAACCCUAGUCUUCACAAUAUUUGGUCUUCGCCCACGUACAAUGGCCAAAGAAAAUGAUUCCUGACAUUGUGUUUCACACGUAAUAGGAAUGUUGGACAUGUUCUUUAAUACUCUGAUAGUUCUGAUAUUGAUUUUAACAAUGUACCACCAUUGAUUUCAGCAACAAUUUAGAUUUCUGUCUGUGAGGAGCCGUUUGUUUGACAGAGAUAAUACUUCUUACGAACUUAAUAAUGCUUUCCAAUACUGAUGGGAAUUAUUUUUUUAUGAGAAUAGGUAAUCUUCAUUUAGCCAAACACAGCAUAAUAUACAUUAUUCCCAUUCUAGAAUAUAUUUGCUAUAUGGAUUAAAUUAGUGAGGGCCAUUUUGGAAUAUGAGGAUUCAUAAUCUUGUUUGGACAUGUCCAUGCUAAGGCUACGGUGGCUCUAAAUUAUAACACCAUAUUUAUAAUAUAUAUCAGAGUGAUAUACUCUUCUGUAUUUAGCCUUAAUGUAUAUAACACUCCCUAGCCUUACAGAAAAUCAAAUUUUUAUUUUAUUUUAUUUAAUCAUAAAAAGGUGGAUUCUCAAUCCCUCAACAGCAAAACCCAAAGAGAGUUGUAAUAUUUUCUAAUCAACAUGUAGCUAGUCUGUGUUAACCCCUUGACGACCGAUGACGGUCCUUACCUGAUUGCCAUUGUUCCCCCGGCGGCGAUCAGCGUUCCUCCCAGACAGUCUCCCCGCGGCAGAUGAGGGCCCCCUCGGCCACGUGAUCACUCGAUCACAUGACCGCCAUAGGUGCCUGUGUAUCUGCCUGCAGGGGGGCUAUCUGUGCUGACAGGCAGUCCCCUGCAUCUGUAAAAUAAAAAAAAGUUAAAUAAAAUCAAUCAGUGUAAAAAAAUAAUAAUAUAUGUGUAUAUAUAUAUAAGAUAUAUAUACAUGUAUUAUAUCUAUAUAUACUAUAUGUAUAUAUCAUAUAUAUAAUGUCAUACUAAGUGUAUUUUUAUAUUUAUAUAUACAUAUAUUAAUAUAAAAAUACACGUAUAAUUAAAUUACACACGUAUAUAUAUAAUAACUAUAUAUAUUGUAUAUAUAUAUUAUUAUUAUAAAAUAUAACUAAGUAAAUAAAAAUAAAUAAAAAAAUGUAAAAAUAAUUUUUUAUAAUUUAAAAAAAAUUAUAUAUAUAUAUAUGUAAUUUUAUUCUAACAUUAGUUUGAUAUUAACAUAUAUAUAUAUAUAUUUAUAUCAAAAUACACUUAGAAUGAAAUGAUAUAUAUAUAUAUAUGUAUAAAUAAAUAAAUAAAUAAAAAUAAUACGAAAUAUACAUAUGUCCAUAUACAUAUUUACAUAAAUAAUUUCAUAAAUAUACACGUAGACUUCAAAUAUAUAAAUAUGUAUAUAUAUUUAAAUUCUACGUGCAUAUUUAUGUAAUAUUUUUACAUAAUUAAGUAAUUUUAUUGAUUGCAAUUUGAGAGACAUGCCUGACAACCUAGGCCGAAAGUCCAGAGAAUUUAAUUUGCUAGCACUGUGUUUAACCCUGUAACUUUCAAAAACACUAUAAAACCUCUACAUGUGGGGUACUGUUAUACUCAGGAGAAUUUGCUAAACACAAAUUUUAGUGUUUCAAAACAGUAAAACAUAUCACAGCGAUGAUAUUGUCAGUGAAAGGGACGUAUUUUUGCAUUUUUCACACACAAACAGCACUUUCACUGAUGAUAUUAUUGCUGUGAUAAGUUUUACUGUUCUGAAACACUAAUAUUUGUGUUCAGCGAAUUCUCCUGAGUAUAACAGUACCCCACAUGUACAGGUUUUAUGGUGUUUGUGAAAGUUACAGGGUCAAAUAUAAGGCUUGAUUUUACUUUCUUUUUUUUUUCAUUGAAAUUUGUCAGAUUGGUUAUGUUGCCAUUGAGAGCAUAUGGUAGCCCAGGAAUGAGAAUUACCCCCAUGAUGGUAUACCAUUUGCAAAAGAAGACAACCCAAGGUAUUGCAAGUGGUGUAUGUUUGGCCUUUUUUAGUAGCCACUUAGUCUCAAGCACUGGCCAAAGUUAGCGUUUCUUGCAUUUUUAACACACAAACAAAUAUAAAUGCUAACUUUGGCCAGUGUUUGUGACUAACUGGCUACUAAAAAAGACUGGACAUACCCCAUAUUGAAUACCCUGGGUUGUCUACUUUAAAAAAAAAAAAUGUACAUGUGGGGUGUGAUUCAGAGAUUUACGACAGAUAAUAGUGUUACAAUGUCACUAUUGAUACAUUUAAAAAAUAUAUAUAUUGAAACAGCAAUUUCCUACUUGUACUUAUAGCCAUAUAACUUGCAAAAAGCUAAGAACAUGUUAACACUGGGUGUUUUUAAACUCUGGACAAAAUUCUUUAUCUAUUUAGCAUUUUUUUUUCAUUAGCUUUUGUAGAUAAGUAAAAGAUUUUUCAAGUAAAAGUCCAAAUAAUUGUUUUUUUUUUCAAUUUUUCACCAUAUUUUAUUGUCUGAUAAAAUAUGGUGUCUGAUACCAAUCUUGUGAAGACUUCAGCAUUUAUCAGAUGUCAUAAUAAGGCAUGAUUCCUCUGUACAUGCAGGAUGUGGUGUAAUCAAAUUGUAUUUUAUAUGCAUUUUAAAACUUUUUUUUACCAUAUACAGAAAGAGUAACGACUCCACAACUUUUUUAGCCCAUCUUUUAUUUUAUCAUGAGCAUUUAAAAUAGAGGAUAAUUGCUCAUUUUAAUAUCUGGGAUUUGAUUAUUGUUUAUUAAUUUUAUUAGUACAUACAAUUAUUUGGAGGGAAAUGUUCAGUUGAAAAUGAGCUACCUAAAUACUAGCCACCACUUAUGCCAAUCAUUUUAAGGGGUACUGGGAGGACCUUGACUUUUAUACCAAUGGUUUCUUACCUGGUCUUAAAGGCAUACCAACAGUAAGAUUUAGGCUACAGAGAAAACCGUAAUGUGGCUUUAGGCCUUGGAAGGAAACUACUGCCGAGGCCAGCCCAGAACUAUUAUUCGUCAAUGUUACCAUCAGCAUAAUUUAUUUUUCAAUUAACCUGGUACAGUCUUCACUAGCAUUUAUUUGCAGAUAUUGGGCACUCGUUCAUAGAGCAAAAAUGUGCAUGAUCUUUUUGGAUUAUGUCAUCAGUUAAAACCAAAAGAAUAUGGACAACAGGAUAUGAGCACCAAGACAUUUUUUAGAGGAGGCAGUAAUGAUGAACAUCAGUAAUGAUGAUCUCAGCCAGGAGACUGGCAUGCUGGGUAAUCAGGUAAUUCAUUAUAUUAAAUUAGCUUUUUAAGGGUUGGCCCCAACAACAAAAUAUUUAGGGGAACAACCAAACAUGUUUGUAUUCCUGACAUUAGAGUGUUUCUUUAAAUUGACUUCAAAUUAGACUAGUAAUCUUCCAACCUCAGCACAUAGCAAAACAGGCACUAUUGUUGGUGCAAACUAAUAAAUGUUGAAAAAUAUUCGAAUGGUUUAUAUGAUCAAUGAUUGCUUCCAAUCAGUUUUGCUUUAACACUGCUAUUGUACCAAGUAUUAGAUUUGCAUAAUUGGUGCUGACAAUUUAGACAAUUUUACUCCUGUGGAUGAAAGUAGAACUUAUGAUUAAAUCCUGUGUAUAUUGUUCCUCAUAUUUAAAGGGAUGCAAAGCAGUAUUCCUGGCACUAUCACUCCUGCUGCUUUUUCACUCCCUUGCGCCCCCCACUCUGAUAAAUAAAGGGUUAUGGGUAUUUACUUACCUGAUCCCAGCACCAAUGUCCCUCAAUGCUGGGUUGAAGCUCCGCCCCAUCUGACGCCCCUAGUUGAUCGGGCUCUAGGCAAAUGCUGCGCAUGCAUUGAAUCAAUGCUUUCCUAUGGGGAAAAAGCGUGAGGACGUCCAGCGUCAGAUUCCGGAGCAUAGGUCCAUUUUGCAAUGUAAAUAUUGCAGUUUCUCUGGAUCUUCUAAGAUCUGUAAAGCCAAGCUUCCGUUUAUUAGCAUUUACCCUAUACAUAAACCUUUAAUUUUUCGGUAUAUUCUACCAACUGAAGAUGCACCCUUACUAUUUAGUUCGCUUUUAAAGACAUAUUAUUUAGAGCUGCCACUGGUUGCUCAUUUGAGAACACUUUAUCUCAUUGUGUUCAGCUUAUAUUGGUUUUAUUGUUUGUUUAUUUUUUUCUUUUAUGCUUUCUUGAGUCAUUUGCAGACGGAUAACCUACUAACUCUAAAACUAAAAACAUAUUUUUCCUCAUCCCAUCCAUUCCAUUACUGUUUUUCAAACACUUCCAUAUUUUUUAUUUUCUUGCUAUCAUACCAACAACUCAAGAACAACAUCUCAGAUUACUUACAACUCUGUCCUCUUCCUCACCCCUCAUAUUUAAUCACUCCACGUCCACCUCAUAUUUAAUCACUCUGCAGAAUAUUGAUCAAACCUGUCCAUAUCCCAUUAAACUACUUAAACUUCAAUUCCUUUAUCAUCCUCCAUCUUGACUCCUACAAUCUACUUAUCAGAAUUCAUGACUUCCGGGCUAAUUCAGUUCCACUAUAUAAAAGCUGCUGUUGCUGGCUUAUCUUCUCUACCUAUCAUUUGUCUUCUGUUGCUCCAGAGACUCAUCAAGAAUACUCUUUACCAUGACUUACAGAGACCUCACAUCCUUCAAUAACAUCUUAUAUCUCAGCAUUUUCUAAAGGUUGGCAAUGGACCAUUGGAUUUGUAGUUUUAAGACAUCUGGGAAACUAACAUUCAUCAAUCUUUUAUAACAUCCUCUCGCAAUUCAAAGGUAUUCCAGAAUUGCCCCAUAACCCUGAAAUUUACUUUAUUAUAAAUUAUCACCAAGUCCUUAUCAGUCAUAAUUUAUGGGUUGUUUUUUUUCUUUGCAAAAUAACAGGAAGCACAACAUUAAUUGAGUAAUACAAUAUUCAAAUAGUACAUUAAGAAAACCAAUUAGAGUCAUAGCUUGUUUUUAAAUAUAAGAAUGUAUGAAAAGUGCAAUGCAUACCUUUAAUAUGUUAUGUUCCACUUGUCACAUUUCAUUUAACCUGUAAACUCUACCAUAUUGGUUUGUUUUCUUGUGUCACAUUUUGCUAUACCUGUUAGUAGCACUGUGGAAUUGAUAGUACUACAUAACCGAAUUCUUAAUAUAAGUCACAUGUGCAUUGGAUUUUGUGUAUAAAGUUUAUCACAUAAAUACUGACGUGUAUAUUUAUUUUUUUAGAUCUCAAUUUGCAAUGAAAUUUCUGGAUCCCUCGUUUGUACCAAUUACAAAUUCAUUAACACAGGAGUUACAAGAAAAACCUGCAAAGUGGGUGUUCAACAGGACAGCAUUUUCACGACAAAGGUGAGUUUGAUGUACAUAUUUACUUCUGUCAUUGUAUUCUAUCAUUUAUGUGAAAAUUGUAAAUAGUAUCUAACCUUAAUCCCUUACCUUGAAUUUAAUAUUCAAAAGCAUUUAGAAGAAAAUGCUUUUGAAUAUUGCAUUCAAGGUAAGGGAUUAAGGUUACUAUUUACAAUUUUCACAUAAAUUUAUUGUGACCAAAAUAAGAUAUUUCCAUAUUUAUUCUUCUUACAUGUUCUCUGCCUCAGUACAAUCUCAAACACGUUCCUUCUCAACUGAUCUGUUGUGUCCUUUUUACUUGAAAUAAAUAUCAUGAAUGCGUGAAUGUGCAAAUCAGAAUCAUUAAUUAACCCCCUAACAAUAGUAGUUAACAAUGAGUAAUGUUAGGAAGGGAUAAGAGGGGAGCUGUUAUAGGUUUUCUGACAGCAAAUAAGAAUGACCAAUAUAUGGCUGAUAUUAGGAUUAGAAUUUUGGGUUUACAGAUAUAAGGUUUAUAUUUAUAUAUUGGUUUUUGAAAAACAGUAUUUAUAUCAUUGCAAUAUUGUUUAAAAGAACACACACAUUUGAUAGACACAGUGAAGGUAAUAGAGACUAAUUUAAAAAUGAAAUGGCUAGGCAAAAGUCACAAACUGUACUUUAAAGGAUUUUUUUGGGGGUGUAUUCACCAAAAUCUAUUGAAUUGAAAAAUUCAAUAUUGCUAUUCUAUUUUCAAUGCACAACUAUUACGUGUUUAGCAGAUAAAAUACGAACAGUGGCAUGGUUUUUAUCCACAGACAGAGUCAGUAUAAACCACUGCUUGAAUAAAAAUAGAUUGACAGAUAUAAUGAAAAAUAAAUAUUAGCCUGACACCUUCAGCUACUGUGCUACGGGAAUAGUUGGCUGUUUAGACUUUUUGAAUAUAGUUAUAGAUCAUCCACCUGCAAGCAGGACCUACCUGCAUGAACCUUUUUUUAUACCUAGAGUCAGAUAUCAUAUAACUAUUUUAAACUUAAUGCUUUAUUGAUUUAUUUAAUUUUUUUUAGGCGAGAAAUACUGCAGAAUGUUGAUGUAAUCAGAAAUUUCUCUUUGACCAAGAACAGUGUACGGACUGGGCAGCUAAUGCACUAUGAUUAUUCCAGCCACAAAUAUGUUUUUUCUAUCAGCAAUAACUUCAGAUCACUGCUUCCAGAAACAUCACCCAUAGCGAAUAAGCAUUAUAAUAUCUGUGCUGUUGUCGGAAACAGUGGAAUUCUAACAGAAAGUCAAUGUGGAAGUGAAAUUGACAAGUCCGACUUUGUCUUUCGUUGUAACUUUGCCCCAACAGAGGCUUUCCAAAAAGACGUUGGAAAGAAAACAAACCUUACCACUUUUAACCCAAGUAUCCUCGAAAAGUAUUAUAACAAUCUGUUGACCAUACAGGAUCGGAACAAUUUCUUCUUGAAUUUAAAAAAGCUUGAUGGGGCCAUUUUGUGGAUCCCAGCUUUCUUCUUUCAUACAUCUGCUACGGUUACACGAACAUUAGUUGAUUUUUUUGUGGAGCACAAAGAGCAGCUGAAGGUUCAGUUAGCUUGGCCUGGUAAUAUCAUGCAACAUGUCAACAGGUAAGAGUUACUUUAUUUAAAAUGUAUAUUUUUGUUUUCUUCAAGUAAUUCAAUCCAUGCCUUGAGUACUCAAGCCACUAGUUCCAAUUCAAAUCUGAUUUUUGGUGGUUUGCACUUAUUUAAUACAAUCAAUAAAUAUGUUAUUGCAUGUCUAUUUCUAUAAUAAAAUAAAGAGCAUAGGUCAAUAAUUGAAAGUGAUGUCUAGAGAUUGAUGGAACACUUUUGUCUCCAACUAUUCAGUUUAUUUUUGCAUUUUCAACUUGAAGGGACACUAUUGUCACCCAGACCACUUCAGCUCAAUGAAGUGGUCUGGGUGCCAGGUCCCUCAGGUUUUAACCCUUCAGAUGCAAAAAUAGCAGUUUCAGAGAAAUUGCUAUGUUUACAUUUGGGGUUAAGCCAGCCUCUAGUGGCUGUCUUCCAGACAGCCACUAGAGGCGCAUCUGCAAUGAUUGAGGCAUAUUAUGCCUCAAUCACGCAGAGUGUCUGUAGAAAGCAUUGAGAAAUGCUUUCCUACGGACACUUUGAAUGCGCGCGCGGCAGUGCCGCACAUGCGCAUUCGGCUCCUGUGACGUCGGAUGAGGAUGCUGACAUCGGCGGGGGAGGAGAGGUAAGGGAGCCCAGCGCUGGAAUUAGGUGAGCUACUGAAGGGGCUUUAACCCCUUCAGCGCCACGGGAGGCGGACCCUGAGAGUGGGGGCACCCUCAGGAUGCUAUAGUGUCAGGAAAACCGUUUUCCUGACACUAUAGUGUCCAUUUAAAAAAAUUCCACAAUUUUUUCUCGUCAAUCAAUUUAUAUUGAGGUUUCAUAAAUGAGAGAUGACAAGGUAAAUGGAUUCAGUUACCAGGGAUUACAGAGGUAGGUGAGUUAGUAAUGAUAACGAAGACACCAGUGAUUAUCAGUGGUUGAUUAUCAGUGGAAACGCAGGGAAAAAAAUUAUUUCCUACAUUAAAGCAUAAAAAUUAGGUGAACUCAACUCUAGUAUUGUCUGCUCAUUAUAUAACAGAGCAAGGGAAGGGGGAGCAUUUGGAAAGGGUAUGAGUGAGAAGACGCGUUGAGUGAAGAACACUGCACUGUGGGGAACAACUCUCUAAUUACAGAGGGGAGGCAGCCUGGGUUUGCUAGCUUUGAAAUUUGAACUCUUUGUCAUGUUCCUCAAAUCAUUCCUGAACAGUUUUUUCAGUGUGGCAGGAUACAUUAUCCUGCCGAAAGAUGCCACUGAGUGAAUUACAAUAAGGACAACCAAUAGAAUCUCCUGCUUGAUUUGGUAAUUUAAUUUAGGUGUAAUGAUUGGGGACUUAAAUAUUUUGGCUAUAGGAUAGUAACAGAAUAAAACUCAUAGAUCAAGGAUAUACAAUGUCUAGGUCUUAUUCCCUGCAUUUCUCAUGGUGUCUUUUGGUUCUAAACUAUAAUUAAAGUUAAGAAGCCAGUUGUCUAUACGUGUAGUUUUAAUCUGUAUAAGAAAUGAUGUGAACAUUUUUAAUACCCCACCAUCCAAAACAAAGUGACUAAAUUGCUUCUGACACAUUAAUAAUCUCAAAUGAUUUCCCCGGUUCCAAGUUAGCCAUUGUCAGAUUCUACCUUCACUGAUUAAAUACGAUUUGGCAUUUCAUCAUGAUGUGUAACCCCAUCCAAUCUGAUUUGCCAGUUUUUAUUACAAGAAGCUAUCCGUUAUUUGUGAUUGUGCUCUCACACAGCAGGCCUAAUUUCAUUGUCCAGACUUUAUUGAGUCUUGGUUGCCAUGGCUGAGUUAACCAGUAAUAAAGAUUGCCAAAUAUUAGUUGACAAGGUUGUGAAACAUAAUAUCUUCUGUGUUAAUGGCACAAUAUGAAUAAAAAUAUUCCUUGGUAAGAUAUUUUACCCCCCUGAAGCAAAUGGCGGUGAGGAACAGCCAGUUUGGUUCAAGAGGGCAAAAAUAUUAAUUGGAUUAUCCUUGGACACAUUGAAGCAAUAUUGAAGUAAUUUCCAAUAUUUCACAAUAAACUCCUGUCCAGAGAACUGUUAUAAUCUGCUUUCCGAGCGUAAAUCAGAUGAAGCCCAGAGUUUCUGUUUUUAAGCUGUGAUAGAUCUGUUUAAAGGUGUAAUUUGAAGAUUAAAUGUCACAAUCUUCUCUAGAUCCUUUAUAGAUAUUAAAUAAGGGGAGGAUAUGUAGAUCGCAGAUCAGAUUCAUAGACAUUCAGGAUGUCCAUGAAAAAUUACAGAAGGCUUUCAUUUUCAGAAACUACUAAUGGAGCCAAAUUAGGAACCAAAUACUAAUUUCAUCUAGUUACUGGGCUGAUGACAAAUAUGGAUCAGUUUUGCAACUUACAAAAUCUAAUUAUGAAUACAUUGUUCAGAAGAUGAUGAUCGAGAGUAUUUUAUACCUGGUAUUUUGACAUUUUAUGGGGUCAUUUUAUAAUAAUUCUAUGUUGAAAUAAACAGUGCUAUUUUUAUCAAUGCUUUGCACAUAUAUAUUGCUUCUUUGUUAUGAAAUGUCUAAGACUUGCAUUCACUAGUUCACUAUAUAUUCAUAUAAUGUUUAAGACUUACAUUGACUAGUUCACUAUAUAUUCAUCCACAUGAUGCAAAGCCCAAGUGAAGCGCAGGUUUGUUUUUUAAAAUACUUAAUUCUUGACCUGUUUCUUCAAUUGGAGCAGUUUAGAAACACAUUAUUUCAUAUUAUCCCCCAAUAAAAAAUACAUUUUCUGAAAUAGUAAACUGACAGAAUUUUUACCCUUUAGUGUGGUCAUCGUCUCACCAUAUGUGCAAAUCUCUCAAUAAAUGUUUUCUGUUACAACCAUAACUAAAGCAAUAGAUUUGUUCAAGUUUGUGAAGUACCAGAAUAGAGACGUCUAUUAUCUGAAUUUUAAGAUGGUGGCAGUCUUGAUAUUUCAGUUUCGAAACCAUUGGAACUAUACAUGUACAUGGUCACUACCUUUGAUGCAUCCUAACUAGUCUGAUAGUGAUACAGCCAGUCUCAGAAGCAGUAAUUCCGAUCUAGCCGGACACUGAUUUGGCCAGUCUCUGGUUAUGUAAUUUCCAAUAAACAAAGCAACUCUGAAGGAGUCACUUUCUAGUCUUUUGUGGUCAAGAAUAUCUCCUCACAGACCCAUAGGUAUGCCCCUUCUCGGUUUCUUCGCUCUGCCUGUGACCUUCUCCAGCCAACUCACGCUUUCAGGUCUUCUCGCGGGCUGCUCCCUUCCUAUGGAAUAGCCUGCCCACCGCAAUCAGACUCUCCCCUAGUUUCCAAUCAUUUAAGAAGUGCAUUAAAACCCAUCUCUUUAGGAAAGCUUAUGGCCUCCCAGAGUAACCUCUACCUCACAUACCUGUCUCUUGCUCUCUCCUAAAGGGCAGCACUCUACUCUCUCCUCCAGCUCUGCUUCACCUUAUUUGAUUGCUAUUUCCUGCCCUAUUGUGUUUUACACCCCACCUCCUCUAGACUGUAAGCUCGUUUGAGCUUCAACCUAAGUUUUCUUGUAAUUGUCCUAUUUAUAGUGAAAUCCCCCCUCUUAUAAUAUUGUAAAGCACUACGGAAUCUGUUGGUGCUAUAUAAAUGGCAAUAAUAAUAAUAAUAAUAAUAAUAAUAAUAAAUAAGAAUCCCAGCGCACAUUCCCAUACUGGGAAAUGGUGAAAGUAUAUCUGAAGUCUUCAGAAGGAGUAAUCCUACAGGGCAGUAAUUAUUUGUACUGCUGCAAACAUUAUAUUAGUUAUUGCAGUGAUACAUCGAAAUUUGUUUUCAUUUCUAUGAACGCAUCAUUAAUAUUUUUAUAUUACUUGAAUCAAGUGUUGAUCUCGUGGAUAGCAACAUUUUAUUAAAUUAUUUACCACCUUGAUUUUGCAGUUGGUGGUUAUUGGUAUUUAAUGUAGAAACUCUUUAAUUUGCUGCUGUUGGCAAUUGAGAGUUCCUUACAAUCAGCAAGAUCCCUUUUAGAAGACACCAGUUGCAAAGUUGGAAUGUUGGAAUGUUGUACCACAAUUAACAAUUAACCUGUAAUGGAUGCUACAAUCACUAACAUAUUUUAUGUCUUUGCAGAUAUUGGAAAAACAAGCACUUAUCACCAAAAAGGUUGAGCACAGGUAUUUUAAUGUACACCCUUGCUUCCUCGGUGUGUGAAGAAAUUCACUUGUAUGGAUUUUGGCCAUUUGGAUGGGAUCCCAACACAGGGAAGGAUUUGCCGUACCAUUAUUAUGACAAGAAAGGGACCAAAUUCACCACCAAGUGGCAGGAGUCCCACCAGCUUCCUGCCGAGUUUAAACUGCUGUAUAAAAUGCACAGAGAAGGACUCACAAAGUUGACUUUGUCACACUGUGCCUAAGAACAAAAAAAAUGUGAAGUGCCAAGUGUUUUAUCAAAGUGCCCAAAAUGUAAUGGAAUAUUCAUCAGACAUGAACAAAAUGUACUUUAUGACGUAGAAUGUAGAUUUUUUUAAAUUUAUUUUUUGUUCAUAGCUGGGUCACACUAGGGUAGAUCUCCAGUUGGUGGUCGGUAAUUGGAUCACUAGAAAUUUAGUUAGCAGGCAGAGAAUCAUGGGAACUGUAGUUCAUAAAUCACACGAGGAAAGUAAGAAAUGGAGCUCUCUGGAGAUAAACAAGUUGGUUUAUCCUAGCAUAUUUUGUUUACUUUUUUUGUAAAGAACAGAAAGAUUACUAGUUACUCUGAACCUGAUCUUGGAUUGCAACUCCCAUCAUCCUCAGAGAUAGGUUUAGCAAAAGGCAGACUAAUCCUAAAGAGAAACUCUUAUAAAGAUACAGCAGGAGGUAAAGUGGAUGUCGAUUAAAUGAAGCAUAGUCCUUUCACUUCUGUGUAUACCUUCUGCGACUUGGUUAAUUUCAUCCACUUUGAGCCAUAUCUCACCCAUUUCCAUCGUAUCCCAUUUACAUUCAAUCCAUACCAAUCACACAAAGCAUUAUCAUUUAAUUAUUGUAUUUGCUUUAUUUCAAACAUUUUAGUAUGUCUGCCCUCUUUCUGCCAAGAAUUACAUAGGGUGCAGAGAUCAUAAUUAGCCAAUUACAGGCCAAUAUUUAUUUAUUUUUUUAGUUUAGUUUUUAGUGUUUCUGUGAGUUUUGUGUUUUUGUUUUUGUUUUAGGGACAUGGCUGUCCUAGGGGUCUGUUUGCUAAUGGCAUUUUAUUUACUAAACAGUGAAUUGAGUUGAAUGGAAAAUGUAUUCGACAAAUUUAAGCCCAAAAAAGCUGUGUUUGCAAAAUUUUCCAACUUAUCUUUCUGGCUAAAAUCAAUGUAAAAUUAAUGUUGUAAUUCUAUUUUGACCGGUUUUAUUUCCAGUUUUUGAUGAUUCACUGUUUAGUAAAUAACUCCCCUUUUGGUGACCUAAGUGCCAAUAAAAUUCAGUUUGAAAUACAAAUGUUUGUCUAUCUUAGCCAUUUUGAUGUAAUAUUUCAAGUCCGGUGGAACUUUGUGAACAGACCACAAAGAUUAUUCUUUUAUGGCUGAUGACAAAUAAGAUUAUUACCAUGGUACUUAGCAUAUUGCUUAGUGACUAUAAAAUAAUUAGAAUAAAUCUUAAUUAUGGACAUUGAAACCCUUAUGACUUUCAUAGAUUGAUUCAGGGAUCCUUAUUUUUGUGGGCUAAUUUUCAAUUAAUUAUUAUGAAUUUUUUUGUGCAAAUUUUACAUUAUUAUUUAUAUGUUACUAAGUGGAUAAUGAGAAUGACAAAAAGUAUUUUAGAAAUAGAUGUUUGGUUUAUGGGCUUCUGUUAAUAUCUAUAUUUUCAAAUGUUUUAGUGAACAUUUCAGUCUGAUUUUCAAACCUGAUUAUUGGUGAUCUUACCAAUAGACAAAGCACUUUUUUUGUAAGCAAGUUAAUUUUUCUGGUGUUUUUUUUUUUUGUUUUGUAAUGUGGAAAAAAUAUAAAGGGGUUUAUUUACUAAGCAGUAAAUUGUGGAAAAUUGAAAAAUAGAUUUGCAAGAUUUUAGCCAAAAUAAAAAAAGAUUAGAAUGUAGCUGACCUGCAAAAUAGUUAACAUUUUGCUAUUUGGCUCUUGUUACUACAAAUUCUGUUUUUAAUUCACCGCAAUUCACUAUUUAGCAAAUACACCUACGUUUCAUGAUUUUAUGCAAUCCUUGAAAUUGAAUCAUUGAAAAAAAUCGAUUUGUUCAAUUAUGUUAAUUUUCAACAUUUGUUUGCAUAAUGAAAAUGUGGUUUUAUUUCCUGUAGGACAGACAUUGCUGGAUAUAGGAAGUAUACAAUAAUGUCAUACAUACUCAUACCACAACUCACUAAACUCUGAAAUUGUAUCUAAUGUAUCAGAAGCUAGUUAUAUUCAUAGACUCUAGCAAACUUAUUUUACUUUAUCAGAUAACAAAAGGGCAUUAGAUUUGAUACUGACAAAUACAGAUAUUAAUUAUAUUGAAAAGAUAACGUAUUUUAACACUACUGCAAAUGUUAUACAUUUCGUGAGCAAUGACCAGCAGUGUAACCGUUUUAAAAAUAAGUAUAAAUAACAAAUUUGGGGGGGUAAAAACCUUGAAACUUAUACAAGCACAUGGUAUUAAAGACUGAAAGACUGUGAGAUAUGAAUGUAACUCUACCAGAGUUAUUUAACAAAAUGUGAAAAUUCAAGAUGAAUUCAAAAUUCAUUUUUAAAUUUCAGGCCAAAAUAUCAACAUUUGAAAAAUAGUCAGCUACACCUCGAGGUAGGUUAAUUUUGCCUGAAAUCUAAGAUUCACUUUGAAUUCUCAUUUUAGUAAAUAACUCUGUUGGUCAGUAAUACAUCACCUUGGCACUGCACGUUAGGUAAUUAACAUGCCCCUUGAUGUUUGCGAGGUUUUGGAUUGCCACAGCGUCACGGGAAAAGUAAUUUGCAUAGUAUCUGCAGAGCCAAGGUUAUCUAUCUUUGGCCUAGGAGGUCUUUGGAGAGUUACCAUUUGUAAAAUGUCUGUUAAAACUGUUAAUACUCUGACAGUAUGGCUAUCAAUGUACAUUUAAUAACAUUGUAAGAUAAAAUGGAUUUAAUAUUUAUUUUGUUGCACUAGGGAAUGAAGCACUUGAAAUGAUCAAUGAACAUAAAAUAAGCCCAAGACAGUUCUGGGGCUGUGCCAAAUCUGUGUAAAAUAUUAUUGAAUGGCAUGAAUUGAUGAGAAGGUUUAGCUGUUAAAGGGGGCAUAAAGCAGUGUUAGUUCCUGAAAUCUAUGGGCUAAAUAUUCCAUUAAAGGACCACUAUAGUGCCAGGAAAACAUACUCGUUUUCCUGGCACUAUAGUGCCCUGAGGGUGCCCCCACCCUCAGGGUCCCCCUCCCGCCCGGCUCUGGAAGGGGAAAGGGGUAAAAACUUACCUUUUUCCAGCGCUGGGCGGAGAGCUCUCCUCCUCCUCUCCGCCUCCGUUACGCCCCGCCGGCUGAAUGCGCACGCACGGCAAGAGCUGCGCGCGCAUUCAGCCGGUCUCAUAGGAAAGCAUUUCUGCUCAAUGAGACAGCCACUAGAGGCUUUGGGGGAAGGCUUAACCCAUUCAUAAUUAUAGCAGUUUCUCUGAAACUGCUAUAAUUAUGAAAAAAUGCGUUAACCCUAGAAGGACCUGGCACCCAGACCACUUCAUUAAGCUGAAGUGGUCUGGGUGCCUAGAGUGGUCCUUUAAUGGCAAAGCUUCAUGUGUUAAAGAAUUUACCCACUAAACAGAUGUAAAGUGCUGAAAAACGUCAUGCCAAAAUAUUAUAACUUAUUGGGACUUAAAGGGAAUCUCCAGGUAAAUGACCUCUUUUAAAUGCAUUAUGGAAAGAAAUGCAAGCAAACAGCAUAUUCACCUGUGAAUGUCUUGUUUAGUGGAAAUGUGAGGCUUCUUAAGAGACCAGCAGUGUAGUUUCGAUUACCUGAUACAUUAACUGCAUUCAUGUUUUUUUAUGGAUGAACAAAGCUAGUCACAACACAACUCCCCGUGUAAAGUUACCAAUCAGGACUGGGUUUUUAUCUGCAGGAAUUUUACUGAAUUGUUAUAAGCAGCAGAAUGCAUGGAGACAUAGCAGAUUAUUCUGUAGAAUUGUAAAGAGCUGCAAAAUAUGUUGGUAAAAUAUGUGAAAAAUGCUAAUAAUAAGAAAAUAAUAAUAUUAUCGCAUGUUAUCCUAUCUGAUGGCCUUUGAAUGCCUCAUUCAGGUCAAAUUAAAGGAACAUUCCAAUCACCAUAUAGCACGUUGUAGUGUUUAUAGCAGGGGUAGGCAGGCUGUGGCACUCCAGGCGUUGUGGACUACAUCCCCCAUAAUGCUCUUAAACCCACAAUGCUGGCAAAGCAUCAUGGGAGAUGUAGUCCACAACAUCUGGAGUGCCAAAGGUGGCCUAUGCCUGGUUUAUAGUGUCAGGAUUGCCCUGGUCCCACCCCCCAAAAAAGUAGUCAAAUUGUUUUAGAAUAGUUUGACUUCUUUCUUGGUGUCCAUUGGGUGCUACUUGUUACCUCUUCUGGAGCCAAAAACUCUCUACUUGACCUAAGUCCAGUAAUGCAAAGCUUAGCUGAUUGGCAAAGUGCAAUCAGCUGACACACUUAAUCAGCUGACACACUUAAAGAAUUGCAUUGCGCUGUUAACUUAGCUCAGGAGAGCUAAUGAAAACUCCUAAUAAUAGCUUCUAGAAACCCAGAAUGACUUGUCAACUUACAUAGGGGGUAGAGGUGUCAGGGCACUCCUGACACCAUCACCACUAUAAUGCAUAUUGGUGGUUAUGUUGCGUUGAGUGUUCCUCUAAUCCAGGAACUUCACAGUUACAGUGACAAGGCAGUACUACAGAUUGUAAGAAAGAUUCCUGAAUAUGUUUAGACCUUAUCAGUAUCCAGAAAAUCUGCUACUCAGUCUUAUGUUUAACUGUAAUUAAAACAUGAAGAUAAAAUGUCCAGUAUGUUGAAAAAGGGUAAAUAUAAUGGGCUUGGCUUACUUUUACAAAAUGUGAGCACUCAUGGGGCACUGGUGUUAUUUUUAAUGUAGUUCCAUUGUAAUUUAAUGUAAUGCAGAGCUUACUGGUCACAAGUCCCUAUUGCAUCAUUAAACUGUGAACCGAUACAAUUUGUCAAGUUUUCCUGUGACUUCCAGAUCAUCCUGGAUGUCACAAACCCUUUGUAUGACACACAUAUUUAUGAUGACUUAAACACUUUCCUUUUUGCCAUUUUAACACUUAUAUCAGAUAUGAUUGUAGUUAGAUCUCAACUAUAAGACGUUUUAUUAACAGUUUUCUAACUUUAGGGGAGGACACUAUAUGUAACGUACCUUUAGCAGACCAAUUUAGCCAUGCAUUGUACGUGGAAGCUUAGAAUAAAACAAGGAUGGGUCCAGGGUAAUGACGCGUACUGGAACCAAAAGCUAUGAGUUUCUGGUAUGUUGUGUACAAUAUCUCAUUCAGUGUAUCAAAGGUGUAAUGUCCUGGCAAGCUGCAUAAAAUGAACUUUAUAUCUACUGGUUCCUCAUUACAGAUCUUCACACUCAAGCUUGCGUUUGCAGUAAUCCAAUGUUUUAAAAUUUGUUUAAGACCAAUUUUAUUCACCAAAGAUGCGGUACAAUUCAAACCACAUGCUAAAGGCAAAUGAUAUCAAAAAUAGAAAGAAAAAAAACUAGAUGCUUUUUUGAUAAAUUUUAUCAGAAGUGAAUUUGGGGCAUCUAGGACAUGUGCCAUCUCCCUUUCAGCCCGAGUAAGUCCUACACAUGUUGUAACGCCAACCUUGUUUUUGUCGUCAUCGAAAAAUAUAUGACAAAUGUAUUACAGUUAUGAGCAUAUUUAGAUUUAUCUGUUUUUAAAAAUCUUUGGUAUGGAUAGAAAGACUUUUCCCAUGGGAAAGCAUUGGAUUGGCAAGAAUUUGGCAAUUCUGAUGAUGUCACCAAGGGGGCGGAGCUAGUGCCAGAGGACCCUCACAAUGCUGGAAUUAAGGUGAGUUUUAUUCCUUUUAAGGGGGCUGAGGGAGGAAAGCCACCUAAAUGGUGAGUUAAACACUAUAGGGUCAGGAAUAAAUGUUUGUGUUUCUGACCCCAUAGUGUUCCUUUAAGUGUAUCUCAUGCCAUAGAAUUCCCUAGAUUGCAACAGUAAAUAAUGCUGUUUAAAAUAAUGGUUUGUAUAAAAAGAAUUGCCUUUUUAUUGUGGUGUAAAAUAUGAUAACUUUUUCUUCUUGAUGGCGUUUUUUCUUCAUUCCUCUGAUUACGCAGAUGCCAAUGGAGAGUGGGUUUUAUGUUGUAAGAUCUUUAUGAGAUACCUUGUGUACAAGCGUACAGCACAACAAAGCAUCACAACAAAACUAUUUUUUUCUGUUGAUAUUUCAUCAUCUUUGCGAGUCCCCUUUUACAGUUAUUCUAUGUUUGACAUGACAAUUAGUGAUGUCCCGAAUGGUUCGUGAAUGGUUCGCCAUGAACGGUUCCCGAACGGUUCGCCGCGGACUCAUCAUUGAGUAAACUUUGACCCUGUAUCUCACAGUCAGCAGACAAAUUCCAGCCAAUCAGCAGCAGACCCUCCCUCCUAGACCCUCCCACCUCCUGGACAGCAUCCAUUGUGAAGCUGCAUUCUUAGUGAGCUGUCCAGGAGGUGGGAGGGUCUGGGAGGGAGGGUCUGCUGCUGAUUGGCUGGAAUGUGUCUGCUGACUGUGAGGUACAGGGUCAAAGUUUACUCAAUGAUGAGUCCGCGGCAAACCGUUCGUCGAACCGUUCGGGACAUCACUAAUGACAAUGUUUUAUAUGCUAAAUAUACAAUAUCAUCAUUAAAAUGUAAACGGCAUUUAAAACACAAGUUUAUGUGGUAUUCACAAACAUAGCAUCACGUGGCUUCCAUAGCAUCACGUGGCUUUAGAGUAUUUGAAGUUUCUCUUCUUGGGGAGGGGGUUGUUUAUUUGUAAUGCUGUAGGGUACAAUUAUCCUAAACUUUUCUGAUUUCCUGAUUGGAAAAACCUUCAGGAAAUGCUGUAAAAGAAGUUUCAAAAUUGUUUCCGAUAGAUGUAUUUUCAAACAUGUUAAUUAAUUCUGAAACGUUUUACAAAUAUAUCAGCCAACAAUCCAAAAUUCUUAUUCUUGUUACCAUUAGGACAAACUUGUAUUUUAACUAUUUUUCCUCUUUUAAAGGCCAUAUAAAAGUCUAAUUUAUUUUGAGCGAAAAUGCUUGUGUAAAUAUCUUGUCCAGUCUGAAAUAUAUUUCUUACUGUUUAGAAGUAUUCUACAUAUUUAUUGUAAUGGCAUUUUGUGAAUAAAAAUUGCAAUGAUUCAAUUUUAUUUAUUUUUUAUACAUUUUUUCAGUUUAGCAAUCAGUUGAUGUACUGUGCCUGCAAGCUUGAAUUAUGUGCCAAAACACAUUAAUGAAUGCAUUGUUUUAAUUAAAAAUGUUCCACUGUAC